AUGUCCGAGUCUGAGAGUUCGGCGCCAUUGCCGUCGCGCAUAGCAUCGCUGGUCCAUGCGCAUUUUGAUGCGUUACCCACGCGCAGUAAACCAUCUAUUUUUCCAGAUGGGUCAAGGGAGUGGAUUCCUAUGACUGGUAUUGUGGUUGUAAUCGGAGAAAACACACCAUCAGAGAGUCUGCACUGCAUUACAAUUACGAGCGGGGCCAAGUGUCUCUCAGCCUCUCACAUCCCACGCUGUCGGGGACUCGUCCUGCAUGAUUGCCAUGCAGAGAUUCUUGCCAUUCGAGCAUUCAACCACUGGCUUUUAACAGAAUGCCACAGUCUGCUGACUGAAGAAAGAACUGCCGAACAAAAAACAGACUCCGUUCAUAAUAAUAGACCAGCUUCACCAUUUAUCCGCAGAAGGCAAAGCAAAGAAUAUCCCAAUAAUGCGGCAGGAGAGUCAACAAAAUGGCCCCCCUUCGAGCUUCAACCCGACAUAAAACUAUACAUGUACUGCACCUGUGCACCCUGUGGUGACGCAAGCAUGGAACUAUGCAUGGCCUCCCAGGAAGACGCCACGCCAUGGGAGAUAGUGCAAGAGAAAGAAUACAGCACAGAAGAAUCCGAGGGGAAGAUGCUAGACGGCCGAGCUCAUUUCUCUCUUCUGGGCGUCGUCCGUCGAAAGCCUGCGCGAAUGGAUGCUGAAUCUACGCGCAGCAAAUCCUGUUCAGACAAACUAGCCCUGCGACAGGUCUCUUCUCUACUCUCGUGCGAAACGAGCCGUCUCGUCGCUCCCACCGAGAGUGCAUACCUAGCUGGUCUGAUUCUUCCCGAGGAUGAAAUCAGUCAAUCUGGAUGUGAGCGAUCCUUUGGAGAGAACGGGAGAAUGAAAGCUCUCGCUGGACGGUUUUGGUCUGGUAUCUCGAGUACAACACCUGGAGCAGGUGAGGUUGGAUAUCGAUUUCGUCCAUUCCAGGUCCUCUCCGUACCUGCAGAGCAAAUAGAAGCACAAUGGCGAUUUGCCAAGAUGAAAAAGGACAGUUCUGCUUUGUCAACAGAUGGAUCAGAGGAAGUUAGGCCUGCGGUUGUGUCAAAGAAAAACAGGCCUGGCAACGUUAGUGCCAUCUGGACGGCAGCGCCAUCCUAUUCUCAUAGAUGUGCUGCACUGGCGGAUACCGGAAGCAAAUCCUUACCUGCUUUGAACAAGACCAAGACCGGAUUGUAUGAAAAUGUCAUCAAUGGGGUAAAGCAAGGGAAUCGUGCUACUACCCCUCUUGCAAGAGGAGCCUCCGCACUUUCUCGUGCUAAGCUCUGGGGCCUGGUUCGCAAUGUCAUCCAGCCGAGCGCAUGCGAUGGACCUAUAGGGCCUUUGGAGGAGAUAUCAUCCAAGACAGGACCGGGCCAUUCCAACCAUGGCUCUCUGGGUAUAUUACAACAGCAUGUGCUACAAUCCACUACUUAUGGUGAAUUCAAACAAGCAAUCGGCGGCUCAACAGACCCCAACAAGGCUCGCGCGGAUGCUAUGAACGAUGCAAAGGCCGUUCUCAAGGGGUGGGUACCGAACUCGGGGGAUGAAAAUUGGGGUUUGGACGAGCUCAUUGACCCUCGGAAAAGGAAGCGUUGA